AUGGCAAAUAUAUUCAAAUUGAAUUUUUGGCUACGUUUUCGUGUCUAUUUUUUUUUUAAAUUGGAGGACGAAGAAGGCUCAACUUUAUUACCUCCCCUUUCGAAUACUCACAUUUAUCUAUCUCCUCUUUCCCUCCACUUCUCGUCCAUCUUAUUUUUUUUUCUUCUUUCUUCAUUGUCUUCAAGUUCUCAUUCCUGUUUACCCACUUAUCUACUGCUUUCUUUCUUUCUUUUAACUCCUCUCAUUUCUAAAACCCAACCAUUAUCUAUCUCCUCUUCCCCAGCACCGCUUCUCGUUCGUCUUCUUUCGUCUUCUUUUUCAUUUUUUCUUUCUUUUCUCUCGUUUCAUUUUGGCUUCUGCAAUCAGUCCGUUUCCCAUUCUUUCUUCAUUGUUCUAUCUAUCUAUCUAUCUAUCUAUCUCAAUUUAUUCAUAUCUACGUAUCUCCCUCUCUAUCUCGGUUCAUUUAUAUCUAUCUAUCUAUCUAUCUAUCUAUCUAUCUAUCUAUCUAAUUCAUCUCUAGUAGUAGUAGUAUCAGUAGUAAUAUUACUUCCUCGUUUCAUCUAUCUAUCUAUCUAUCUAUCUAUCUAUCUAUCUAUCUCAUUCUCUUCAUUAUCUAUCUAUCUAUCUAUCUAUCUCAUUCUCUUCAUUAUCUAUCUAUCUAUCUAUCUCAUUCUCUUCAUUAUCUAUCUAUCUAUCUAUCUAUCUAUCUAUCUAUCUAUCUAUCUCAUUCUCUUCAUUAUCUAUCUAUCUAUCUAUCUAUCUAUCUAUCUAUCUAUCUAUCUAUCUAUCUAUUCUAAUUCAUUCUGUUCAUCAACUCAUUCUACUUCUUCAUAUUCUUCUUCUCCUCCUCUUUCUUCUUCUUCUUCUUCUUCUUCUUCUUCUUAUUAUUAUUAUUAUUAUUAUUAUUCCUUUGUCAUUUUCCUUCCCCAUUUCAUCUCUCACUAUCUUCUUCUUUCUGUUUCCCAUUUUUCCUUCCUCGCUUCAUUAUCUAUCUAUCUAUCUAUCUAUCUAUCUAUCUAUCUAUCUAUCUCACUUUAUUCCUAUCUAGGUAUCUCCCUAUCUAUCUCAGUUCAUUUAUAUCUAUCUAUCUAUCUAUCUAUCUAUCUAUCUAUCUAUCUAUCUCACUUUAUUCCUAUCUACGUAUCUCCCUCUCUAUCUCAGUUCAUUUAUAUCUAUCUAUCUAUCUAUCUAUCUAUCUAUCUAUCUAUCUAUCUAUCUAAUUCAUCUCGUUCAUCAACUCAUUCUACUACUACUUCUUUUUCUUUUUAUUAA